GUGAGCGUACUUUAAUUCUCCUAUUCUUUACAUAAUAACAUACAUAUUUAUUUUAUACGAAAAUCAAGCAUUCCAUUAAAAUUCCGAAGCAAAGUAUUUAUUUCAGGAAAUAUUCGUAAUAAGUCUACUAUGAAUAGUUUUGUGCGUGUGUUAAAUUUAUUAAUAACACAAAUAGGUGCUUGAAUAAGAGAGCGUACCUGAACACCUAUACUAAAUUUCAAAAUAAAUCAGGUAAUGUUCGACUUAAAAACAUAAAAGUUGUAAUGGCUUCAGACAUGGCUGUCAGUACUAGUACAUCACCUAAGAGUUCUCUGGCGAAGCUGGUGCUAUAUCCUAAACCAAAAGCGUUCAAGAUUGCGAUAUUGGGUCAAUCUGGUGUCGGAAAAUCAGCUCUGGUUGUAAGAUUUAUAACACGCCGAUUCAUCGGGGAAUACGACUCGAAUUUGGAAAAGAUUUAUGCUUUCCAAACCGUCAUUGAUAACGAGAUGGUUUAUUUCGAAAUAUUGGACUCUGCCGGAGACUCGGAUGACGGGGAAUAUGCGAAUUUGGAGAGCAAUAUCAGAUGGGCCGAAGCGUUUAUUCUGAUGUAUUCAGUUACGGACAAAUGUUCGUUCGACGAGUGUCACCGACUCAAAUUCCUUAUUAACUACAACAAAAGACGACGACGUCUAGCUUCGUCUAUUAAGGACACCGCUCUAGAGACGCCCGUUGUUUUGGUUGGGAACAAGAUUGAUCAACUCGGUGAUCGAAUGAUUUCAACCGAAGAAGGACAGCGCCGUAGUAAAGAAAUUGGAUGCGUGUGCUUUCAUGAGAUUUCUGUUCGAGAAAGUAUUGAUCAGGUGUGGAGCGUUUUCCGUGACGCAAGAAGGUUCUGGAGAGUUAGCAACAAAUGGUUUCGACCACGUGGCGACACCGACGUUCAUACAACAGCGUUGAGUAGACCACUCGCUAGAGCAUCCUCUGAUACAACACCUGAAACAAAUGUCAAUCCACCUUUCUAUCGGCAAUGGACAGCGAUGGAAUUGGACGAAGAAGAGGAAGCUACAGUGGUACGUAGUAACUCAACUUCGUCAUCGGGCCAAUCAGACUGCUUAGAAGAAUUCAGAGCUCGUGCAAGCACAGACUCUAGACUGCCACCGCGGCCAGCAAGACCUCGACAUCCCCGUCCGACCCGACCAUUCCCUCCACUAGUCAGAAGAAUGAGCGUUGCCAUGAGAGGAAAUAACGCCAACACUUACUAAUGCUGCUUGACUUAGUUAUAAAUGAAUAAGAAACAUAAUUUGAUAUAAUUAUAAUUGCAAAUUUUAUCAUAUUGUUGUAAUACUCGUGCUUUAUUGUUUUUUUUUGAGUAUU